AUGGAUAAUUACACUAGUGUCGGCUUGGUGAACAACACCCGCACCAGCGCCUCUAGAAUUGAAGAUUUCACCAAGGUCUUCGGCUGGAUAAGCUUCGCAGUCGGUCUGCCCGCCACUGGACUGGCUCUUUACACUAUGAGGAACCUGGUCAGAGGUCCUAACCCCGUGCCCGUCAGUGUCGUCAGCAUUCUAGUCUCGGAUGUUUUGAAUUUAUUCGGAAGGCUCCAGGCUGCCACGAAAAGCGUACCGCCGGCCGACGUAGCCAACACCGGUGACCCGGCUACGAUGAUCACCUAUUUCGGCGUCGUGUCCAACGUCACUUUCAUGGUGUGCGCUGCGCAAGAGCGCCACCUGCUGGUGGUGUACCCAGAGUACUACAGCUGCUGCAGCAAGCUGAAACAAUCGUCCAUCGUGUCCCUGAGUAUGUGGCUAAUGCCCUUCGCUCUCCUGGCACUUGUUUAUUUCAAACACUUCUUCGUGUUUGCCGUGGUUCUUCUCACGCCUUUUCCGUUACUCUUGUUUUUCUUCCUGGACACGUGGAGAUCCUUUCUAUGGUCCAGGUCAGCUUUGAGAUCAGAGAAACAAAAGACUGUGGUGGCACUGGCCUUCGUCCUGACCAAUUACAUGGUGCUGUUCCUUCCCUUCAUUCUGAACGUUCUGCUCGUGUCAUUGUCAUUCAAGGAGGAAGUGCUCUACUUAGGGCUGAUUGGGGAUCUGUUGCUCUAUAUGAAUCCUCUGGUGGACCCGUUCCUCUACAUCUUCAUGACCAAGGGCCCCAGAGAAGUGGUAGAAGCUCUACUCUGCUGUAAAAGGAACCAGAGCAACCAGUCAGAAAACAUGCAGACUGUGGCAACGGUUGCCGAGACAGUCACUGAAACCCGUCUCUAA